CGCCUCGGAUGGCGCAGGGAGGCCGGGAGCGGAGCGGAGCGGGUGUUGAGUUUCCAGGAGCGUUCAAGUUUUUCCUGUUUUCGGGGCAGGGCAUGAAGGCAGGAUGGAGUUUCCGGACCACAGCCGCCGGCUGCUGCAGCGCCUGAGCCAGCAGCGCCGCCAGGGCUUCUUGUGCGACUCCACCGUGCUGGUCGGCGGGGCCCGUUUCCCCGCGCAUCGCGCCGUGCUGGCCUCCUGCAGCAUGUACUUCCACCUCUUCUACCGGGACCAGCUGGACCGCAGGGACACGGUGCAGCUCAACAGCGACAUCGUGACCGCCCCGGCCUUCGGCCUGCUGCUGGAGUUCAUGUACGAGGGCCGCCUGGAGUUCCGCAGCCUGCCCGUCGAGGACGUCCUGGCCGCCGCCAGCUACCUGCACAUGUACGACAUCGUCAAGCUCUGCAAGGGACGCCUCAAGGACAAGGAGCCCGCCGGGCCCGCCCCCGCGGGCGAGCUGGAGGACGGGGGGGCCGGCGAGCGGGCCACCCCCGAGGGCAAGGAUCGGCCCCGGCUAGCCCUCUGGGCGUGCGAGCCGGCCCCCGGGGCCGGCCGGGCGGACGACCGCCCCGGGGGGGGCCCCCGGGCGACGGGGACCGGGCCCUCGACCUGUCCUUCAAGCCCGGGAGCGGGAGAGACGCCCCGCCGCCGCCCGCCGCCGCCGCCGGGCAGCCGCGGGGCGUCGAGCGGCCCCCGGUCAAGGCCGAGCCGGGGCCGGAGGACGCGUCGGCGGGGAGCCCCCGGGCCCCGCCGUCGGAGGAGGCCACCCCCAGCCCGACGGGGCCCGGCCUGGGCCCCCCGCGCCCCGGCCACGGCCGCCCCCCCGGCCCGGGAGGACGAGCCGGACGCCGAGGACAGCGACGUGGACUCCUCCGACGUGUCCUCGUCGGGCGCCGGGCACCUGUGCGUGUGCCCGCUCUGCAGCAAGGUCUUCCCCAGCCCCCAUGGACUGCAGCUGCACCUGAGCGCCCACUUCCGAGACAAGGAGGGGGCCCGGGCGCGCCUGUGCCCCGAGGGCGCGGUGCCCACCUGCCCCCUGUGCGGGAAGACCUUCUCGUGCAUGUACACGCUGAAGCGGCACGAGCGCACCCACUCGGGCGAGAAGCCGUACACCUGCGGCCAGUGCGGGAAGAGUUUCCAGUACUCGCACAACCUGAGUCGCCACGCCGUCGUGCACACGCGCGAGAAGCCCCACGCCUGCCGUUGGUGCCAGCGCCGCUUCACCCAGUCCGGGGACCUCUACCGCCACAUCCGCAAGUUCCACUGCGGCCUAGUCAAGCCCCUGCUGCUCUAGGGGUCGGGGGUCAGCAGAGGCGGGGGGCUUAGGCCCCGAUCCCGGGAUCCCGGCUGGGGAGGGGGCGUCCACCACCCUGUCCCUGUGGUAGGGGCUACUGCUUGGGGGUCUUCCCGCCACUUUCUCGCCCCUGCCACCCCGU